GAGGUGCGAGUUCAGCUGAACCAGGAGGAGCUUCUGAUUAGCUUGACAGCAUUGGUGCAGCCCCUCGGAGCUCGAGGAUGCUAUCUGAGUCACCCAGGCCUACAUCCGGCAGUUGCCUGGGUCCUGGCCCGGUGUUUGGACAUCCAAGACCAGGAGGUGGUGCUGGACCCGAUGUGUGGCAAGGGGGUCCUGCUGUGCGAGGCCGCGAUGAACUGGCCCAGAGCCGGCGCCUUUCUGGGCUGCGACCUGGACGUGGCCCAGCUGCGCAAGGCAGUGGACAACCUUCGCAGCGCCGCACGCUCAGUGCAGCUCUGCCGGGCAGAUGCGGCGGUGAAGCUGCCACUGGCCGAGCAGUCGGUGGACAAGAUCCUUACGGACCUGCCCUUCGGCCGCCAGUUUGGAUCUGUGGAGGAGAACCAGAGGCUGUACCCAAGGGUUUUGGCGGAGAUGCGGAGGGUGAUCCGCCCGCAGGGCCUGGCCGCGGUGCUGACGAGCUCCGCCAACAAGGACCACAUGCGGGCGGCGGCCUCGUUGGCCGCCGGCUGGGCGGUGGAGCACCAGAGGAGCUUCCGCCUCUUUGCCAAGACGGACGCCUGCAUCUACCUCCUGCGCCCCGUCGGACCCGUCGGACCCGUGGGUGCCGGAGGCGCUCGGCCGGCCCCGCGAAAGGCCAAGGGCGGCGCCUUUGGCUGGGAGGACGGCAGCUCCUGGCACGCGCAGUGGGCGCGCGCCCGGCCGGCGCUGGUGCUCUUCGGGGAGAAAGAGACGACCGGAGGCGUCUUUGAGAAAGCCAAGGGGUUCGCGGGCAAAGGGGGGCUGUGCGAUGCGUGUGCAUCCGCCGGAAGGAGCCCGAUGUUUGAUCGCUCGGUGGAUCUUCCACGAGGAGCACCCAGCGAGCAUCUUUUGGACAGGUUGCAGCUGGCGGCGGCGGCUGGCCCGGGUCUACGGGGCGCGAAUGAGAGCGAGACCAGAGAGGAUCUCUGGCACCCCUGGUGCUCCGUAUCAGUCUCCAAGCGAGUCCGCGCCCACGUGGAUGAGGGCAUCAAGGAUGUGCUGCCGAAGCUGCCAGCCAACUGCCCCUUUCACCCGCGGGCAGAUUUGCUGAACUACAGCAAGGGAGGUAGCUCCAGUGGCCAUGUGUGUAUGGCGAGCUUCUGCGAGAUGUUCGGAGUGUGUGAGGAGCCCUCCGAGAUCUGCGUGGACGCACAGAUGGCGGAGCAGAAGCGACGCUGUGAGGGUGCAGUGCUCCGGUGCUUCCCCCCGGGGGACGUGGACAUGUCCAUCCGCCAAAAGCACUCCCAGUUCACGCGGCGAUGCAAGGAGCUGGACUGCCAGGUGCGGGCCCACCGGGCCAGCGAGGAGCGGGCGGGCCUGACGUCCAUCUCCCCGCUGCUGGCGCUGGUGGCGUCCUCGUGCCUGGCCGCCUUCGCGGCCAUGCUGCUGCUGGUGGGCCGCUGGGCUUAA